GAGAGAAGCUGAAUCCGCUUUUCCGAAUUCCCCGUUCCACCUUAAAUGGUCCAGCAGUUACAUUGUGGCGCCUGAGGCGACAGACUGCAGCUGCUGCACCAUUUAAGGUGGAACGGGGCCAUUAGAACAAGACGCUGGCGAAUAGGAAGCCAACUUCAGCCUCGUGAAAAAAAACCCACCAGAAGUGAACGAACGGCGACCCGGAAGCGGUGAAAGCUAGAAGCGCAUAGAAAGAACAUCAAGCGCUUUUAGCUUUUUAUUCUGCGAAGGGAAAAAUCCGCAGCUGGAAUAAAAGGGAUGGCGGAGCCUCGAUUCAAUAAUCCUUAUUUCUGGCCACCACCUCCCUCCAUGCCUGGUCAGCUGGAUAACCUGGUUCUUAUCAACAAGAUCAAAGAGCAGCUGAUGGCAGAAAAGAUCAGACCUCCGCAUUUGCCACCCACCACUGUUCCCUCUCAGCAGACCCUGCUGGUGGCCUCACCACCCUCAGAUGCUGGCCAGCAUGUGAUGUCCAUCCCUAAGCUGCAGCAGGUGCCGGGGCUGCAGGCCCACAACUCUUCCCAGCCAGACACUGCCCUUCACGCCCGGCCUGCCUCCAGCACCGUGGCAGAGCUGAACAUGGAUGACAAGUCAGCUGUGAAAGCUAAAGGAUUAUGGGAAGACUGGCAUAUGCGUCAAGUUGUUGACCAGGCUGCUAGAGUGAACCAUCGUUCAGGCCUGGUACCCUCUUCUCGCGCAGACAGUCACGUCACUUCUGAGGCCAUGACCCCCACCACCCCGACGUCUAGCAGUCAGAACCGGCUGGGAGGAGCACCCUCCCUGAAUGUGAUCUCAGGCCUUGCCAGCGCUCCUGGCAUGGAUCAGGUGAAAAGUGGGAGCUUGGCAGGGAUGCUGGGACCACAGCCGAAAGCCCCGCGUGGCCGUAAGAAGAUCAAAGCAGAGAACAACACCGGUCCCUUGCUGGUGGUGCCCUACCCCAUCUUGGCCUCAGGCCCUGACCAGUCAGUCACCAUCGCCAAAGAGGGGAAAACCUACAGGUGUAAAGUUUGUCCACUCACCUUCUUCAACAAGUCAGAGAUGCAGAUUCAUUCCAAGUCCCACACAGAGGCCAAACCCCAUAAGUGUCCUCACUGUUCAAAAUCUUUUGCCAACGCUUCAUACCUAGCGCAGCACCUCCGGAUUCACUUAGGGAUAAAGCCUUAUCACUGCUCCUACUGUGAGAACUCCUUCCGCCAGCUGUCUCACCUGCAACAGCACACAAGGAUUCAUACUGGGGAUAGGCCAUAUAAAUGCGCCCAACCUGGAUGUGAAAAAGCAUUUACACAGCUUUCAAAUUUACAGUCCCAUCAGAGGCAGCACAAUAAAGACAAACCAUACAAGUGUCCGAACUGCUACCGUGCCUACACAGACUCGGCCUCCCUACAGAUCCACCUGUCAGCACACGCUGUGAAGAACGCUAAAGCUUAUUGCUGCAGUAUGUGUGGCCGCGCGUACACAUCGGAGACCUACCUUAUGAAGCACAUGUCCAAACACACAGUGGUUGAACAUCUUGUUAGCCACCAUUCUCCGCAGAGAACAGAAUCCCCCAGUAUCCCCAUACGCGUAUCCCUCAUCUGAGCUUCCCUCUGCUCUUCUCUUUACCUCCUCUUCCUUUCAAAAAGGUUGUUUUUUGUUUUGUCUUUUGUGUGCCAGGCUGCUCUUCUAUUGUGAAUAAGAAGACAGAGAAGGAAUAUGCAGCACCCCAGUUCUCAAAGGACACUGUGUCUGCCAUAUUCCUCUAUAUUUUAGCCAUUUAGUACAAAUUGAUGUAGCUGCUUGACUGGCUACAUCCCAUCACCUGGUGUCCAAGGUGAUUCAACACCAGGCACCAGUCUAAAUGGGAAUCUAAACAUGCAUCCCAAGAAUAGAACAACAGGCUGUUUCCUACUUGCUUGUUCUCAGAUUAUCAAGGGUGUGUUAGGGAGACAUCCAAAGAUAAACUUAAAGCACUUUCCAGUCUCGGGGUUAGCUCAAAAGUUUGAAGUUUUCCAAGGGGAAGUCAGGCUUUAGCUUUGGGGCUAACUAUGAUUAUGAAAGUAUAAUGGCUCUUUUGUGUGUCGUUUUCCAUCUCCAUUUUUAGUUAUGAGCACCAUCUCGUUUUACAGGGUAGCGUGUUUAGUUUUAGUGUGGACAUGACAAAUCCUCCUCUUUGAACCUCCUCGAUUAACAGAGCAGAACUUGGGAAGAAAAUGUGAAGUAAUGUAUGAAUCUUGCUUAGAUGCAGCAUCAUUGUGAUGAGUACUGGUUUGGGUAGAACAGUUUAGAGGAUUUGUGGAUCCUGGGAGGAAACCAAGAAAUGUAGGACUUCAAAUGUGGGCACAGUUGAGUAUAUUAAAGUAUACAGUCUUCUGCAAAAGGUUGGGUGCCCCUGCUUAAAUAUCUUUUUCCUGAAAAUAAGUUAACACAUCCUCUUUAUGGAGCAAAGUUGUGCAUAUUUUGUACACAGUUUCUAUUUAUUUACUAUAUUAAAUAUAUUGAGGGAAAAAUGUGAUGUGCAAAAGUUUGAACACAUUGUUCUCAUGUUUUAUUUUUUGCAAUAAGUUCAGUAAAUAAAAACAAAUUGUGCACUAAAAUGUGCAGAAUUGUUCCCUGUAUUGGAUGUGUUAACUUAUUUUCACAAUGAUAUGUAAAUAAAUAAGUACAAACCGUGCACUAAAACAUUGCAUAAAAACUGUAGAACAGGAUGUCAAAUUGGGGACCUUCGGGGCCAAAGAGCUGCGAAGACUAGCAUUUAACCCCAUCUAACACCCUGAAUUCUUGGAAGCAUUGCUAACUAGCUGACCAGAGAGCCCCAAACUUUUGCAUAAGUCUGUUGCUGUAAAAGCUUCAAACAUUUGCAUACAUUAUCAAUAUUACCUACAUUAUACCUAGUGACAUUAUAAUUUUUGAUUUUCUUGAUUUUCCAAAUAAUGUCCACAUUUUAAACGUUAAAUUCUAAAAAGCUAGCUCCCAUGGUCUGUAGAUCUUGUGAGCCAGAUCUUGUGUGUUUUAAGAGCCCAUUUAUUUUUCUAUUGUCUUAAAAGACAUUUAAAUUGAAAGGACUCUGAGGCUCUGGAAACUUCAUUAAAAUUGUGCAAAUAUAAGAGCGUCGGUGUACAUGGACGCUCUCUAAAACAACUGCUUGCAUUAAUUACAUCACAGAUGUACUUACAUAUAUAUCUUUUGUGCAAUGUCAUAGAAAUCAGUUUGAUUUCCACUACUUUCUUUUCUAUUUUUUUGUAGGGCAAACUUUCUUCCCCAAAUUGUUCAGCACUUGACGAUCAUACUAAUUGCAUUAUUGCAUUGUUUGUUUUAAUGAAGCAAUGAAAUGACACAGUGGUGCUAGUCAAGUGUGAAAUGUCCUAACCAGAACCACAUGCCCUGGCCAAGCUGUGAUGUUAUGUACUCUGUAAGCUUUUUUUAAGCUAUUUUUCUUUGCUCCCUUCCUUUGCUCAAAGUGGGAUGAUGUUCUGAUGUACACAAAAACGGUUCAACAGAUCUUUCUUUGUGGCUUUAAAGACCAAGCACCUAAUUCAGCAAUGUACUUAAAUAUAAAGUAUUAAAAUUGUAGUGUAGUAACAGUAACAGUAUUAAAAGGGAAUCUGUCAUUUAAACAAGCAACUUAGGAGACUUAUUUUGAAUGUAAAAAAGUUUACUGCCAGACACUGCAAUUUGGUUUAGACAUGUACCACUGUGUUGUGCUGCAGCAGUCACUAGGGGUGCUAUUUAAGUCCCAGCAAAACAGUACUGCCUUUCUGACAAUUGUAUAUGCUUAAUUAGAAUCUACAUUUAUUGUGAAAUUGUUACAUUUCUAUACAGAAUCCCUCCCCCUCUCGGAGUAUAGUGGUAUUACUAAUUUCUAAAUUUUUUGUUUAACUUUUAGCACAAUUUCACUGAAAGUAAAAAAAAAAUAAAUAAAUGGACCUCUUGGUUCUCUUGUGCUUUGUGUCUAGCCUUAUGUUCCAUGUGGCCUCACAGACAUAAUCCAAAUAUUUGCAGUUAUGGCAGCAAAUAGAGCAAGGUUACAACAGUUUCAUGUUUAGAUUCUAGUAUGUUUGUUUUUCUUGUGUGCGGUAUAGUUAGUGUGGAGUACAAGUUAGUAUUCAGUAUUUUGCAGAAAUUCCCCUGAAGGUGGGCCCAAACAGCCUGUUGGUAAAUGAAUGUGCAGGUGCUUACUGGUAUUGAUGUUCUACACACAAGUAUGUACUUUUGUUUAAAUACAUCUUUAAAUGUAUAGCUCUUAACUCAGAAAAAAAAAACCCAACUACACCAGACCAAAAGUUUUUUAUUUUAUUUUACUGCAUUAACUAAUUCAGCACAUAGUCUAUUGAAUUGUCAGUGUCCGAUAUUUUUUUUUUGUGUUGUUAAACAACACUGCAGCUACGUCACGUCCAUUGUUGUUUUUGUCUUCAGUCAGUCAUACCAUACCAGUCACUUGUUAAGCUCAUACUGUUUCAUUGAUGAACAUUUAAGAAACUGCCAGAAAUUAUGUUGAAUUGUUUUUAUUAUUACUGUUAUUGUUGUUAUGUGUGGACCAUAAGUUGUUGCUCCCUGAUAUGUCCCAUAUACAUUGCCCUAAAUAAUGAUUUGGACAGUAAUGGUUUACUGAUUCAUACAAAUGAUUUUUGUUUAAUAGUUUGUAAAUGUGAGCAGUGUUUUACUUUCAGUUAACCCAAUGUUGCUUUCAUUUUAUCUGUUGGUGCUUACAUUAAGACACAUUUAAAAACCUCAGCAGAUAACUGAUGUUCCGAUUCCUGUCUGUUACAGUUACAUUUCCCUUAACAGUAACACAGAGCGCAGAGCAGAGUUGUACAACUUUCCCUCAUUAUAAUAAGUCUCUGUUGAAUAACGGUUUGAGCCUAAGACACUCAGACAUCUAGGAAGAAUGUUCUCAUUGUGUUAUAAAAAACCCAACAGAAGCUAUAUGAUGGAACUCAAGCAUGUUUACAUAUCAGUGCCCUGAUCAGAACCUUUUGGGCGUUUAGGUUUUUGCAGAUUGCUAGAGAUUGAUUUCAAUUUUUCUACAUUAGUAGUAGUAGAAUGACAGUGCUUAAUUUAUGCCAUUUAGCUCUAACCCGGUUCACCCUGACUGGGCCUGUAAUAUUAAACUCCAGUUGACCACUUGCCUGGAAACAAUACAUGUUGAGCUGACCCAAUGUAUUUACUUGCUAAAUCUCCCUAAAUCAAACGAUGUGUACAUUUACUAUAAAAGUAUACUAUGUAUUCAUUAAUAGUGCAAAUUAAAAGGUUUAGAUACUGUACUUUGUUCAUUUUCGUAUCUGUAUUUCCAGUUAUUAAUAUUUUUUUCUGUAAGUACUGAUUGUUUUUAAUAUCCAUCAUUUAUUUGUAAGCCUUAAUUUUACUAUCACCGAAUGACAAUUGUGUUUCUUUUUAUUCCCCCAUGUUGAUGUUUUCAGUAUUCAGUCUGUUAAGCCUUUUUUUAUUUUUCCGCAUGGAAUUCUCUGACCGUAAUCGUUAUUAAUUAACUGUUAACAUAUGUAUGGCAUUGUUAUAUAUGUCUAGAAAUUUACUUCUUUUUUUUUUUUUCUUCCAUUUGUCUUGCAUUGUGGUCUUCAAGAUUUGGCUCAAUAUGCACAGACAAUACAGCAAAAUGAAUUUAGAAAAUAUCAUUGUUGAGGACACUUUGUAUCUUUAUCUUGUUUAAUAAACUCAGACUGUUAUA